AUGAAAACAAAUAUACCCCCACCAUCGAUUCUUCCUCCUCCUCCAGCAACUACGGCUCUUCCUCCUCCUCCUCCACCACCUUCAGCUCUUCAUGCUCCUUCUCUUAAUAUCCAAGCUACUCUCUCAGCUCCUAAGACUCAAGCUCCAAUUACACUCCCUGCUCCUCUUCUUUCACCGCCAUUAGCAACUCCACCAGUCUCUCCGCCAUUAGAACCACAACCUCCCACACCUUCUACUGCUGAAGAAGGAAUACUUAAUGAAUUCUUUGACAAAUUAUCGGCUGCUACAGCAGGGAUCCCAACUCAGGCGCAAAAAUUGGAAGCUCUGAAGGAGCAAGCGGCUGAGAUGGAAAAAGAAGAGAUGGAAGCAAUUGCUUCAAUUCAGUAA